UGCGCAAUGUGAUGGAUGUGUGCGGAGGAUCGUCCAUUACUGUUUGAAAAGGUCAGGUGUAAGACAUUUACAAUCUGUCAGUACAGGGCUGGCACUAUGAGUGCUAAAACCGUGAACGACUACUAUGACUACUCGGAUUGGUCCCAAGAAGCUGUGCCGACCAAGCCUCCCGUUGAAGUUGUCGCACCAUGUGACCCUACAGCGGAUGAACGCCUCUUCCACAUAUGCAUUGCUGCUAUAUCUCUGGUGAUCAUGUUGGUUCUCGCUUUGUUGGCCAGACGACAGAAGUUGGGUGAUAAUCAGAGGGGGAUCACAGGUUUACUCAGCCCUGUAAACUUUUUAGACCACACGCGACACAAGGGUCUUGCUGUAGCUGUGUAUGGCGUUCUCUUCUGUAAGCUGGUUGGAAUGGUCCUCAGUCACCACCCAUUACCAUUCACUAAAGACACUGUGAACAAAGAGCUUUGGCUGAUACUGGCCCUGCUGUACUACCCGGCUUUGUAUUACCCUCUGCUGGCGUGCGGUACACUACAAAACAAGGUUGGUUACGUCCUGGGCAGCAUGCUAUCAUGGACCCAUUUUGUAGUUCUGGUAUGGCAGAAAGCGGACUGUCCCAAAACGCCACAGAUCUAUAAGUACUACGCGCUGUUCAGCAGUCUGCCUCAGAUUGUCUGCCUGGCUUUCCUCAGUUUUCAGUAUCCACUGCUUCUUUUCAAAGGCUUAAAGAAUAAGGAGAAAUCAAAUGCCUCUGAGGAUCUCAGCAGCAGUUAUUAUAGAGAUUAUGUCAAGAAAAUUCUCAAGAAGAAAAAGCCCAACAAAGUCAGUUCAAGCACAUCUAAGCCCAGACUGUUUGAAAGAAUCUCGCAAGCUGCAAAAUCUUACGUCUACACCCCAGAAGAUGUCUUUAGGUUCCCUUUGAAACUGGCUAUAUCUGUGGUUGUGGCAUCUAUUGCUCUUUAUCAGAUGGCGCUCCUUCUGAUCUCAGGAGUGUUGCCAACUCUGCACAUCAUCCGUAGAGGUGUGGAUGAACAAAUCGCCUUCCUAUUGGCUGGUUUCAAUAUCAUUUUAUCAGACGACCGUCAAGAGGUGGUUAAGAUUGUAAUAUACUACUUGUGGUGUGUGGAAGUGUGUUACGUGUCAGCUGUGACUCUGUCCUGCCUGGUCAACAUCGUUAUGCUCAUGAGAUCUAUGGUCCUGCACAGGUCUAAUCUAAAGGGGCUGUACAGAGGAGACAUCUUUAAUGUUUAUAACUGCCAGAGGAGUAUAAGGCCGUCUCGGCCCGCCCUGGUCUGCUGGAUGAGCUUUACCAGCUUUCAAGCUGCUUUUCUCUGUCUAGGCAUGGCCAUCCAGACUCUGGUGUUCUUCAUCUGCCUUCUGUUCGCUGUUUUUUUGGUCAUCAUUCCCAUCCUGUACGGAACAAACCUCAUGCUGUUUCGCAUUAUUGGCAACAUGUGGCCCUUUUGGUUGACGCUCAUCCUGGCUGCUUUGAUCCAGCAUGUGACCUCCAGGUUUCUGUUCAUCAGGAAGGACGCAGGAACGCGAGAUCUAAACAACAGAGGAAGUCUGUUUCUGCUCAGCUAUAUGUUUUUCCUGGUUAAUGUCAUGGUUGGCGUGGUCAUGGGUAUCUGGAGAAUGGUCAUCACUGCCCUUUUCAACAUAGUCCACUUAGGGCGCUUGGAUAUCAGCCUGCUAAACCGCAAUGUUGAGGUGUUUGAUCCAGGGUAUCGCUGCUACGCUCAUUACCUGAAGAUUGAGGUCAGUCAGUCUCAUCCGGUGAUGAAGGCCUUCUGCGGUCUCCUUCUGCAAACCACAGGCCAGGACAACCUCUCCUUACAAAGGAUCCGAGAUGCUGAAGAAGGAAUCCAACUGGUCCAGCAAGAGAAGAAACAAAAUAAAGUGUCCAACACCAAGCGGGCAAGAGCGCACUGGCAGCUCAUCUACACGCUGGUCAACAACCCAUCUUUGGUGGGCUCCAGGAAACACUUCCAGCGCCAGAGCUCUGAGAGCUUCAUCAACGGAGCCCUUAACCGAACCUCCAAGGAGGGCAGCAAAAAAGAUGGCAGCAUCAAGAAGCCUACUGAAGAUGCAGAAAACGCUGCCACUAACUGAGGACCGAUCCCCAUGCCAGCCUCACUGCUGGCACGAUAUUAAUUAUAGUAUUAUUGGCAUUGGUAUAGCAGAGAAGCACAAGGUUUAGCUAAGUGCACUUAUAGCUCGGUGGCUCAGGAAGAACUUUGUGCAUUUGUAGUAAACAGAUCUCUUGCACGUACAUGUAUGUGUUCGGAUGGAUGUGUGUGUUGUGUCUUUUGUGGCAUGUUUGAGCGAGAUUGUCUUUUCCAGGUUUAGCACAUCAGGAAAUUUAGUUAGGCACUGAAGUCCCAUCUAGCCACUCAAUGUGAGGUUAGUAUGCGUGACUAUUUAUAAAUGUACAGAUAUGCAAAUUAUUCGUAUUCAAUUGCAUCUUCAAUUUUGCACUUCUUGGUGUGAUUAUCAGAUGUUCUUAUAGAAAACUUAACAGGUCAAUCCAAUAAUGUCCAUUAUGGGUUGAUCUCUGUGUGUUGUCAUAAAGAUAAUAACUACUGUAAUAGUUGUUCAUCUCUAAAAAAAAAAAAAUGCAUACGAUCUGUCUCAUUGUUACACUUAAUUUUGAUAUAUUUUGUUUGCGAUGUCUUGUUCUUCUAUCUAUGGCAUAUAAAUGUGAUUUAAAUAAAUAUGAAAUACAUA